AUGGCUGCAGCCACCACCACCGUCCCCCUCUGUCUCAAAGCUACCUUCAAGGAGACACCAAGCCUAAACAACUUCGAUAAGCUCGUCCAGGCCUUGAAAGAUGCCCUGGGACCGUCGUCGGGUUUGACUUCAGACGAUGUCGAUGUCGAACACCUUACUCGCUUGAUGCUAGACUAUCAAAGUGAUGAGGUAGAAUGGUCGAGGUUCGCCUUUGGUGAUGCAAGCCGGGGGUACACCCGCAAUCUGGUUGAUGAAGGGAACGGGAAAAGCAACCUUCUCGUUCUAGUCUGGUCCCCAGGCAAAGGCUCACCCAUCCACGACCACGGCAACGCCCACUGCCUAAUGAAGAUUCUCCAAGGCAACCUCACCGAAACCCGCUAUGCCUUUCCCGACUCCACUUCAUCAUCAUCCUCCUCCUCUCCCUCCUCAGAACCAGAACGAAUGCAAGUUAUUGCGGAAAAGGUCUACCGCGAAAACGAGGUGGCCUACAUGGCCGACGAGCUUGGCGUGCACCGCGUGUGGAACCAAGACCCGGACAACUUUGCCGUCUCGUUGCACCUGUACACGCCGCCCAACGUAGCAAAGGGGGGCUGUCACAUCUUUAACCCGGAGACGGGAAAGAAGAGCCAUGUGCCCAAGUGCGGGUACUACUCGGCUUAUGGGAAGAGGUUGAAUGAGUAA